AUGACACUCGAAUCUUCGAAAGUUGCUCUUCUGGGGCCAAAGCCUGAAGAAGCCCGCGAAAUGAUACAAACUGCCCAGCACCACGAGGUCACGCCUGCAAAUGAGGCACAAACUGGCUCUGACGCAGAUUCGGACGACCCAACAGAGAACGCGAAGCUUGAGGAUCAAACAAUGAAGGCAGAGCUCAAACGUCUCGAUAGAAAGUAUGACGAUUAUGGUGAUAAAAAAUAUCUCGAACGCAAGCAUGGGGACCAUGUAGAGAAUGAGCGCGAUUGGUGGGAUCUUUUUGCUUUGUGCGAAAUACGCAGCUUCUGGGAAGACGGUGAACUCGAGGGCACAAAUUUGCGCGUCAAUUCGCAUCUCCUCAAACAGCUUCUCCAGGAUGUGGUUGGUGACUUUCCAAAUGAGCCCAUAGAUGCCAGCACAGAUGUUGAGCUCAGUGUACCGGCACAUUGUCUAUUCUUCUACCACGAUGAGUUGAAGGAAGAGGGCAUGAAGCGCUUUGCAAACAAUGCAGAAGGACAGGCUCACAUUAACAUCCUGCUGAAGUACAUCCGCGACACGUUCGAGGAUGAGUCCAGAUCGUACAAGAGAGCAAUCAAGAGCGAAUCCGGUGCUAUCAACUACGAGCAUCUUUGGACCACAUUCAGACCAGGCUCGCUAGUCUACGCUAGGGUUCUUGGACAUCCUCAUGCAUAUAAGCUUCUCAGCACAUGCUACUACAAAGGACAGAUUCCCGCGUUGGGAUUGACUGUUCAAUUCAUCGACUAUGAUGGCGACAAGUUCGGCACUCGCACGACAGAGUUCCGCAUCCCUCAAUUCUCAGGUACGCUACGUUUUGAUCAGCUGAACAUCCGGCCCUUGGAUACCUUGUCCAACGAGGACGAAACACGGAAGCAGCUUAUUCAGCGCGGGAUCCGAUUUGAAAAGCUUGUUGGUCAGACUUACAUGCACUACACUGGCGUUGCCGUCAAAAAACAACAAAGUGGCUAUGAGAGAGUCAAUCUGACUGAGCGGGUCAUGAUUGAUACCAAGACUUACCAUCGUCUCGAUCCAAACGACGCAUUCUGGGUAUCGGAGAUGACGGGCAAUGAAGCCGCCAAACGACAGCGCGAGAUCCGCAAGCACGAUGGCGGAAUUGUAAUGGAUGGCAUUUCCGACACCGUAUUGUACGACGAGUUGCUAGAUGAACAUCGGCUCAUAACGAACGCGACAGUUCGAGGGUACGCCUUUACCAACAAGCGCUUUUUGGAAUUCUUCGUCGACCAACUUUCUCCGAUUGAGUGGAACACGGACUGUUUCAAUGAGCUCGUUCUGGAUCCCGAGCCCAAGAGAACUGUCAAGGCCUUGGUUUCUAUGCACGCGCGAAGGAGCCGAAACGAUCCUCAGACAUUCGACGAUAUUAUAAAAGGCAAAGGUCAAGGACUGGUCCUAGUCUUGCAUGGCCCUCCUGGUGUUGGCAAGACACUGACAGCUGAAUGUGUGGCAGAAUGGGUCCAAUGCCCGCUCUUCACGGUGUCCUCGGGAGAUCUUGGAACAGACAGCAAUGCUCUGCAGAAGCGUCUGAACGAGAUCAUGGACAUGGCUAGCACAUGGAGAGCGGUUCUCCUCAUUGAUGAAGCCGACGUAUUCUUGGAGCGUCGCACUUCGCAAGAUUUACAACGAAACAGCCUUGUCUCAAUCUUUCUCAGAGAGCUGGAAUACUAUACAGGCAUCUUGUUUCUGACUACCAACCGGGUCGCCACAUUUGAUGAUGCAUUCAAGAGCAGGAUUCAUGUCCCGUUGCGGUAUUCGAAGCUCAGCCUCGAGUCUCGACGAGCCAUCUGGCAGAACUUCUGCAACCGUGUUCCUGGUGGAACCGAGAUUGAUGGGAAGGGACUAGAACAGCUGGCACAGCAUGAGUUAAAUGGACGUCAGAUCAAGAACAUAGUCAAGACUGCUGAAAGUCUUGCCGCGUUUGAAGGCGCGAAGCUGAACCUUGACCGACUCGAAGAAGUCAGUCUUAUUCAGGCCAAGUUUGAGAGAGAUCUGCUGGGAUCCGUAGAUACUGGUUUGGACGGAGUAUGGACGUAUGAUUGA